AUGAAGCCCGCCUUUCGUCCCUUGUCAGAUACCGGCGAUGAGAUUCCGCCACAGCACUCCAACGUCAGUGUACCCGACAUGAGCAGUGUCUCCGAGCACAGCGUGGACACAGCACGGACAAGUCCAUCGUCAGUCCAUAAGCUGGUUGACUUUGCACUGGUCCUUCGUCCGGGGAGUGAGCUCCAAAACCUGAUCCAGACUUUCUUAUGGAAGCAGUCAAGCAAAACGUCAACUAUCAACCAACCCUCAUAUGAGCCUCUCCGCACACGCCCAGCCCCCAUCUUCGUCGAGACGAAAACCGCAUCUGGAAACAUGGACACAGCCAACGCUCAGCGGGGCAUCUGGGUGGCUGCAUGGCACCAGCGACUACGCAGCAUCAUUGACCUCGGAGGCGGGACAAAGAGGGUCAUUACUGUGCCUGUAAUUAAGGUGGUGGGCAGUGUCUGGACCCUCCUGUUUGUGACAGAUGCCGGCCCAGAGAUUCACCUCCUGGAUGGCGACUUUCGAAUUGGCGAUACCAGUAUGAUUGUUGGCAUCUACCAGCUGAAGGCCGCCAUGCCAGCACUCGCAGUAUGGGUCAAGAAGACAUUUGAACCCUGGAUCUCUUCCCUUUUGACUCGUGUCAAUGGGCCGUAA